AUGGGUCAAUCACGACGCCCCGUUGGCGGAGAAAAGAAGAGUCGUUUCGGACGCUCAAAAGCAGUCGCAGAUGUUGGCGAUGGCCGGCAAGCGGGGGGAAGCCGCAGCAAGAUUUCCAACGAGGCCAUCAACGAGAACCUGAAGCUUCGGUUCCAGCAUGACGAGAUUUAUACUUACAUUGGCCAUGUGCUGGUGUCCGUUAAUCCUUUCCGAGACUUGGGUAUCUACACCGAUACUGUCCUCGAUUCGUAUCGGGGCAAGAACCGCCUCGAAGUCCCGCCUCAUGUAUUCGGAGUCGCCGAGUCCGCAUAUUACAACAUGAAGUCCUACAAGGACAAUCAGUGUGUUAUCAUCUCCGGAGAGUCCGGUGCGGGAAAGACUGAGGCCGCCAAGCGGAUUAUGCAAUACAUUGCCAGUGUCUCUGGAGGUGGCGAUUCGUCCAUUCAGCAAACGAAGGAUAUGGUUCUGGCUACGAACCCUUUGCUGGAGUCAUUCGGUAACGCGAAGACCCUGCGGAACAACAACUCUUCCCGAUUCGGCAAGUAUCUGGAACUGGAGUUCAACACAAACGGAGAACCGGUAGGAGCAAACAUCACGAAUUAUUUGUUGGAGAAAUCUCGGGUCGUCGGCCAGAUCACGAACGAGCGAAACUUCCACAUCUUCUACCAACUCACCAAGGGUGCCCCGCAAAAGUACCGCGACAGCUUUGGGCUCCAACAACCCCAGUCAUACCUCUACACGAGUCGCUCAAAGUGCUACGACGUACCGGGAGUCGACGAUGUCGCCGAAUUCAAGGAUACAUUGGAUGCGAUGAAGGUCAUUGGAAUGAGCGAUGCUGAACAGGACAAUGUGUUCCGCAUGCUGGCAGCUAUUCUCUGGAUUGGAAACAUCCAAUUUACCGAAAAUGACGAGGGCAAUGCUACUAUUCCGGAUCAAUCAGUCGUCGAUUUCGUUGCUUAUCUGUUGGAAGUCGAUGCCGCGCAAGUCAACAAGGCCUUGUCGAUUCGUCUGAUGGAGACUGCUCGUGGCGGGCGCAGAGGUUCCGUCUACGAGGUGCCAUUGAACAGGGUCCAAGCUUCCGCUGUUCGAGAUGCUUUGGCCAAGGCGAUCUAUUUCAAUCUCUUCGACUGGAUUGUAGAGCGCGUUAACCAGUCAUUGACUGCUCGGGGGUCUAUUGCCAACUCGAUCGGUAUUUUGGAUAUUUACGGAUUCGAAAUCUUCGAAAAGAACUCCUUUGAGCAGCUGUGCAUCAACUAUGUCAACGAAAAGUUGCAACAAAUUUUUAUUCAGUUGACUCUCAAGGCAGAGCAGGAUGAAUAUGCCCGCGAGCAGAUCAAAUGGACUCCUAUUGAGUACUUUGACAACAAGGUCGUGUGCUCUUUGAUCGAGGACAAACGCCCUCCUGGUGUUUUCGCUGCCCUUAACGAUGCCUGCGCAACUGCUCACGCCGUUUCCGAUGCGGCCGAUCAGACCUUUGUUGGUAGGCUCAACUUCCUGUCUCAGAACCCCAACUUCGAAGGUCGUCAAGGUCAGUUCAUCAUCAAGCACUACGCUGGUGAUGUCAGCUACGCCGUCGAAGGAAUGACGGAUAAGAACAAGGAUCAGCUGUUGAAGGACUUGUUGAACCUUGCUCAAUCUAGUAGCAACGCGUUCCUCCACGAGCUGUUCCCAAACCAGGUCGACCAGGACGAUAAGCGUCGUCCACCUACUGCCGGUGACAAGAUCAAGGCAUCCGCCAAUGACCUUGUAGCGACGCUUAUGAAGGCGCAGCCAUCUUACAUCCGUACCAUCAAGCCCAACGACAACAAGGCACCUAAGGAGUACAAUGAGGGCAAUGUUCUCCACCAGAUCAAGUACUUGGGUCUCCAAGAGAACGUCCGCAUUCGACGUGCUGGAUUCGCGUAUCGUCAGACCUUUGACAAGUUCACCGAGCGAUUCUACCUGUUGUCACCGAAGACAUCUUAUGCCGGUGACUACACCUGGACUGGUGAUGUGGAAUCCGGCGCAAAGCAGAUCUUGCAGGAUACUCGCAUCCCCGCGGAGGAGUACCAAAUGGGUAUCACGAAGGUUUUCGUGAAGACCCCGGAAACUCUGUUCGCUCUAGAAGCCAUGCGAGACAAGUACUGGCACAACAUGGCCAUCCGCAUCCAGCGUGCCUGGAGGAACUAUCUCCGAUACCGCAUUGAAUGUGCGAUCCGUAUCCAGCGCUUCUGGCGUCGCAUGACUGGUGGUCUCGAGUUCAUCAAGGUCCGUGACCAAGGACACCAGUUGCUCCAGGGCCGCAAGGAACGCCGAAGAAUGAGUCUUCUCGGUUCUCGUCGCUUCUUGGGCGAUUACCUUGGGGUUGGGAACACUGGCGGUCCGGGUGAGAUGAUCCGCAAUGGUGCAGGCAUCAGCGGUUCAGAAGAUAUUGUGUUCUCUUGUCGCGCUGAGACUUUGGUCUCUAAGUUUGGUCGUUCCAGCAAGCCAGUUCCCCGCAUCCUUGUCUUGACCAACAGACAUGUGUUCAUUGUGGCGCAGAGUAUUGUCAACAACCAACUUUCCAUUACGUCAGAACGAACCAUUCCUGUUGGAGCCAUCAAGAGUGUCAGCACCUCGAACCUAAAGGAUGAUUGGUUCUCGUUGAUUAUCGGGGCUCAAGAGCCCGAUCCUCUGAUCAACUGCGUCUUCAAGACCGAGUUCUUCACUCACCUGAAUACCGUCCUGCGGGGUUCACUCAACUUGAAGAUCGGGGAGACCAUCGAAUACAACAAGAAGCCUGGCAAGCUGGCGACAGUCAAGGCCAUCAAAGAUCCAGCAGCUGGAAACGUCGACACCUACAAGAGCAGCACGAUCCACACUAGUGCUGGUGAGCCUCCUAACUCUGUCUCUAAGCCUACUCCGCGACCAAAGCCGGUUGCUGCUCGCCCUGUGACGAAGGGCAGGCUGUUGCGUCCUGGCGGCCCCGGCGGCGGCCCUGCGAAGCUGUCCCAGGCUGCUCGCAGACCAGUCCCUGCUGCCCAGCCUCUUCCCCGGUCUACCCCACAGCCUGCCCCACAGCCUGCCGCUGUACCACGACCCGCCGCGCAGUCGCGCAUCGUGCCUCAACCUGUGGCCGCUGUCGCUGCCGCUGCCGCUGUACACACUCGCACCGAGUCUACCAGCUCUGUCAGGGCUCCUCCUCCACCUCCCCCGGCCGCACCUCCUGCCGCCGCCCAAAAGCCCACUGCCAAGGUCAAGUACGACUUCAGCAGCGACCGGGCGAACGAGCUUUCCAUCCGCACAGGCGAAAUUGUACAAAUUGUCUCCAAGGAUGGAAAUGGAUGGUGGCUGUGCAUGAACACAACAACCUCAGUACAAGGCUGGACCCCGGAAGCCUACCUCGAAGAAUUAGCUGUCGCUCCCACACCAAAGCCCGCUCCACCCCCACCUCCCGCUGCCCCCCGCGCAACCCCCAGUCCAAUUCCCAACGGCGCCGGAGCCGCUGCCGCCGCAAAGACCAAACCCGCCCCGCCCGCUCCUCCCGCCAAGCGACCCAACAUGGCCGGACGCAAGCCCGCGCCUCCUCCCGCUCCCCGGGACAGCGCUGGCAGCAUGCAAUCGGGCGACUCGUCCGGCGCCAGCGGCCGUGGCACCCCCAACAGCGCUUCGAAUGCUAGUCUGGCAGGCGGACUUGCGGAGGCGCUGCGGGCGCGACAGAGCGCGAUGCAGGGAAAACACGAUGACGACGAUGAGUGGUAG